CAUAUUACAUAUAUAUAUAUGUACCCAUUCAUCGGUGUCUCUCCUUCCUUUCUCAGAUCCAAAUCUCUCCGCGACGAUCCGAUCCUUCAAUUCAAUUCUUUAGAUCUCGAAUCUCAGCUUCAGGAUUGGAGCCAACUCUUGGUUUGAUCGAGUUCACCCCCGUCUUCGCAACUGGAUCUGAUCGAGCUUUCCCGCACCAUCACCGCGGACCCAAUCAUGAACCCUUUCUCGUCGGGCUCACGCCUGAGGGACAUGAUUCGGGCUAUACGUGCUAGCAAAACUGCAGCAGAGGAGCGGGCUGUUGUAAGAAAAGAGAGUGCUGCAAUUCGUGCAGCAAUUAGUGAAAAUGAUCAAGAUUAUAGGCAUCGUAAUGUGGCAAAGCUUAUGUUCAUUCACAUGCUUGGUUACCCUACACAUUUUGGUCAAAUGGAAUGCUUGAAGUUAAUUGCAUCAGCUGGAUUUCCAGAGAAGAGAAUAGGAUAUCUUGGCCUUAUGCUGCUUCUUGAUGAAAGACAGGAAGUUCUGAUGUUGGUCACAAACUCGCUAAAGCAAGAUCUGAAUCACUCUAAUCAGUACAUUGUGGGACUAGCUCUUUGUGCUCUGGGAAAUAUAUGUUCUGCAGAAAUGGCUCGUGAUCUUGCACCAGAAGUUGAAAGGUUACUGCAAUUUCGUGAUCCAAAUAUUCGGAAGAAAGCAGCCUUGUGCUCCAUAAGGAUUAUAAAGAAAGUCCCGGACCUGGCAGAGAAUUUUAUAAACACUGCUGCUUCCUUGCUUAAAGAGAAACACCAUGGAGUCCUAAUAACUGGAAUCCAGCUCUGUACAGAUCUGUGUAAAGUCAGUUCAGAGGCUCUUGAAUAUUUCAGAAAGAAAUGCACAGAGGGUGUGGUCAAAGCUCUAAAGGAUGUUGCAAAUAGCCCAUAUGCACCUGAAUAUGACAUCUCUGGGAUUACAGAUCCUUUUCUUCAUAUCAGAUUAGUAAGGUUUUUGCGCAUAUUGGGCCAUGGAGAUGCAGAUGCUAGUGAUUGUAUGAAUGAUAUCCUGGCUCAGGUUGCUACAAAAACUGAGUCAAACAAAAAUGCUGGAAAUGCUAUUCUCUAUGAAUGUGUUGAAACUAUUAUGGGCAUUGAAGAUAAUGGCGGUUUGCGGGUGCUUGCUAUUAAUAUCUUGGGAAGGUUCCUCUCAAACCGUGACAACAAUAUCAGAUAUGUUGCUUUAAACAUGCUGAUGAGAGCUAUCACGGUAGAUGCACAAGCGGUGCAGAGGCAUCGUGCAACAAUCUUGGAAUGUGUGAAGGAUUCUGAUGCUUCUAUUCGUAAAAGGGCCCUUGAACUUGUGUACCUGCUAGUAAAUGAAACAAAUGUAAAGCCUUUGACAAAAGAGCUUAUUGAAUACUUGGAAGUAAGUGACCAAGAGUUCAAAGGAGAUCUUACUGCCAAAAUUUGCUCCAUUGUUGAGAGGUUUUCCUCAGAAAAGAUUUGGUACAUUGACCAGAUGCUUAAGGUUCUCUCUGAGGCAGGAAAUUUUGUGACCGAUGAAGUGUGGCAUUCCCUAAUUGUUGUCAUAACAAAUGCUUCUAACCUCCAUGGAUAUGCUAUACGGUCCCUGUUCAGAGCAGUCCAAACAUCAGGUGAACAGGAAAGUCUUGUUCGAGUGACAGUUUGGUGUAUUGGAGAAUAUGGUGAAAUGUUGGUCAAUAAUACUGGAAUGCUUGAAGCAGAAGAACCAAUAACAGUAACAGAGUCUGAUGCAGUGGAUGUCAUAGAGAUUGCUAUAAAGCGCCAUACCUCAGAUCUCACCACUCGAGCAAUGGGUUUGAUUGCUCUCUUAAAGCUGUCUAGUCGUUUUCCUGCUUGUUCACGGAGGAUUAAGGAUAUCAUCAUUCAAUAUAAGGGAGAUCUCAUGCUUGAACUGCAGCAGAGAGCUCUUGAAUUUAACUCCAUCAUUGAAAAGCACCAGAAUAUCAGGUCUUCCUUGGUUGAGAAGAUGCCAGUUCUGGAUGAGGCAACUUAUAGCGGAAGGAAGGCUGGUUCUGCGAUGGCGACUGUUUUAACUUCAAAUGGAGUUGCAAUCAAUCUUCCAAAUGGAGUUGCAAAACCCACUGCUGCUCCCCUUGUUGAUUUACUAGAUCUAAGUUCAGAUGAUGCCCCACCAACUAGCUCUUCUGGUGGUGAUUUUCUUCAAGAUCUUCUUGGUGUUGAUUUGUUGCCAGCACCAUCACAACCAGGUGCAAGCCAGACUCAGAAAAGUGGCACUGAUGUCUUAUUGGAUCUUUUGUCAAUUGGGACACCUCCUACUCAAAGCAGCUCAUCUACUGAUAUUUUAUCUUCCAGUUUGGAUAAACCUUCAAUUGAUACAUUACAGGGUUUGUCUUCCCAUUCUGCACCUUCUGUGCAAGCCUCUUCUCCUGCUGGUGGUUCUGCUAUGUUGGAUUUGCUGGAUGACUUUUCUCCCAGUCCGGCAACAAGAGAAAACAAUGGUCCUGCUUAUCCAUCGAUUGUUGCAUUUGAGAGCAGCUCCUUGAAGAUGAUGUUUGAGUUCUCCAAGCCACCUGGAAACCCACAAACUACAAUUAUUAAGGCUACUUUCACAAAUAAAUCACUGAAUAUCUACACAGAUUUUAUUUUCCAGGCAGCAGUUCCAAAGUUUCUUCAACUGCACCUAGAUCCAGCUAGCGGUAAUAUCCUGCCUGCAAAUGGUAAUGGAUCAAUCACACAAGAAUUGCGAGUUACAAACAGCCAACAUGGCAAGAAAUCCCUUGUCAUGCGCACAAGGAUAGGUUACAAGAUGAAUGACAGAGAUAUUUUGGAGGAAGGGCAAAUCAACAAUUUCCCGCGAGAUUUGUAGGGCUGAAUGUUCCUGAGUGUUGCAAAAGAUGACAGGGCGUGAACUGCUCUAUUCUUUUCUCAGGAGUCAGGGGAAGCAUCUUCUCCCUGCCUAUAGUGUCGGUGCAAUCCUCUCUCUCUCUCUCUCUCUCUCUCUCUCUCUCUCUAAUUCUAUUAUUUUAGGGGAGGUUGUUUCAUAGGGGACUUUUUAAGUGAUCCAAGGGUAUGGGGUAGCUCGGAUUCUCCAUUUUGCGACUCUUUUUCUACUGUUUGAAGUUGUUUUUUUUGUACAUUAGGGUAAGAGUCUCUUAUAUGUGAAAUGAAAGUUAAAAUCUUCCUUUGAGAUGCUGAUAGGAGCCGCGUGUUGUAUUGGGAACUUGAAGAGCACUUCAGUGUUAAAAAAGCCAAGAUUUUUGAACCCACCGGCUUUAUUUCAAAGAUUUUGCUAGUCUGAAAAUGUAAUAUAUAUGUAUUGAAUUUGAAUCAUAUUUUUUACUCUA